GAGGCACCCGGAAGUCUGCCUCUGAGCGGUCUCCACGUGGGUGCGUGGCUGGGGAGGGGUCCUUUGGGUCUGGGGGCCAUGGAGGGAGACCCCGGGCAAGUAGCAUCCCCAGCUGCUGUCGCUGCGAGGAAAAAGAAGAAUAAGAAGAAGCCCCCCCGGCGGUAUUGGGAAGGGGAACCGGAGCCAGCCAACUCUCCCAACACCCAGAAUCCCCGGAGGAUGAAUGAAAGACCCCCGAAGAAACUGCCCAGACCCCACAGCAAGCUUGGGGUCUCAGGGAAGGAGGAUCCGUUCCCGGGUCCGGUCGCUGUCCCUCGCGAACGGCUGAAGAAGUUCCAGCGAGGGAUCAAGGAGAAGCUGGGUCCAUCCUCAAACCGGCGGCUGAAGCGCCAUCUGGCCUCCCAGGAGGAAAAGGCCGAGUCCGCAGCCAAGCAAGCCGCCCGAAUGGAGCUGCUUCUCCUGGAGGAACCUGGUUUUCUGGAAGGCGACGAGGGCGAAGAAACGUGCGCCAUCGCCCAGGCAGACAUUGCGGAGGCUGUAGACUUAGCCGCAGGCGCCAAGCAUUUUGAACUCAGAUUGAACCAGUUUGGGCCGUACCGUCUGGAUUACACGCGCAACGGAAGGCACCUCCUCCUUGGCGGGCGCAGAGGCCACGUGGCGGCCCUCGACUGGCACACCAAGGCCCUGAUGUGCGAGAUCAACGUCAUGGAGUCCAUCACCGACCUCAGGUGGCUGCACACGGAGACGAUGUUUGCGGUGGCGCAGCGCAAGUGGGUCUACGUCUACGACAACCAGGGAGUGGAGCUGCACUGCCUCAAGCGCCUCCAUGGCGUCCAGCGCAUGGAGUUCCUGCCCUACCACUUCCUCCUGGCCACUGCGAGCGAGACGGGCUUCCUGCAGUACCUGGACGUCUCGGUGGGGAAGGAGGUGGCCACCAUCUGCACCAAGGGGGGCCGGCUGGGGGUCAUGGCCCAGAACCCCUCCAACGCCAUUGUCCACCUCGGCCACAGCAACGGCACAGUGACCCUCUGGAGCCCCAACGUCAAAGAGCCCCUGGCAAGGAUGCUGUGCCACCGGGCAGCGGUCCGAGCCGUGGCAGUCGACCCCUCCGGAACGUACAUGGCGACAUCCGGCGUGGACCGGAAGCUGCACCUCUUUGACCUGCGGGUGUUCCGGCGCCUCCACUCCCUCCUGCUGCCCACAGCGGCUGGACACCUGGACUUCAGCCAGCGGGGGCUCCUGGGGGCUGCCUGCCAAGAGGUGGUCCAGGUGUACAAGGACGUUGCGGCCGGACCCCCCUCCAAGCCCUAUCUGUGCCACUCGCUGCCACGGCCCACCCACGGCCUGCGCUUCUGCCCCUUCGAGGAUGUCCUGGGGGUCGGGCACGGGGAGGGGUUUGCCAGCCUCCUUGUGCCAGGAGCCGGGGAGCCCAAUUUUGAUGCGCUGGAGAGCAACCCCUUCCGGAGCAAGAAGCAGCGCCAGGAGUGGGAGGUCAAAGCACUGCUGGAGAAGGUUCCCUUUGAGCUGAUCUCCUUGAACCCGGGGCAGUUGGGUGCGGUGGACGCCAUCUCCAUGGAGCAGCAGCGCAAGGAGCGCAUGGAGAGGCUGGGCUUUGAUCCCAGCGCCAAAGAGAAGUUCUGCCCCCGGCGGCGGAUGAAGGGACGCGACUCGGCCGGGAGCCGGCUCAGGCGGAAAAAGAAAGUGGUGGACGAGGAGAGGAGGGCUGCAAUCCGGAAGAGUGUGGCUGCGAAGACAGCGCCAGCAGGAAAGGUCUGUGCACAACGGCCAGAGGAGGAAAAGAAGGCGCUCAGGGGUCCACUGCCCCAACUGGACUGCGGAGGUCCAGCUUUGGACCGGUUCCGGAAUUAGAACCCGCCACCCACUGUCCCUCUGUAUGCUGGGGCGGCGAUCUUGAUGGACAAAAUGAGGAUGGGGAGCAGUGGCCAUGUCCCCCCCCCAAAAAAAAUGGGGGUCAAAGGGAGUCCACUAGCCCCCCCAUGGCUCUUCCAGCCGGACUUUUUAGGGGGUCCUCAAUUGGGGGGGAGAGAAGUGGGCGUGGACAUUACCCUCC